AGAAGGAGAAUGAAAGGACAGAAAUGUGUCCCUGAAUACGAAGAACGUAAAAAUGAAAGAACAUUAAAAAGAAUUACAAAGCGAGAAAAUAUCAGCUUUUUGAAACUGUUUAAGUGCCACGAGCAUCUGAAAUUUACUUGAAGAAACGGUAACGGCUGUUGCCAUUCAGGAACAGAGGAUUGUCACCUAUUUUCGUCCGUAAUAUUUUACCAGUCCUGGCUUGAAACACUUCAUUUUAACCUAAUUACCCAAGGAGUCUACAAACCAAAGAUGGAGCAGGUAUCGGAUGAUGAGUUGGACCAUGCUGCAGAAGAGGACAGUGAUAAGGAGGAUCAGGACCUGGACAAGAUGUUCGGGGCCUGGCUGGGAGAGCUGGACAAACUCACACAGAGUUUGGAUGAUGGACGUUCAGGAAAUUUAAAGAAAGCUCCUCUCAGAGAAGAAACCAACCUGGCCAACUUCUCCUACAGAUUCUCCAUGUACAACAUCAACGAAGCCAUAAACCAGGGUGAGCCAGUGGACCUGGACGCGCUCAUGGCCGACCUGUGCUCUAUUGAACAUGAGCUCAGCACUAUCAGCAAGCCUUCAUCCUCCUCCUCUUCAUCCUCUUCCUUUUCCUCUUCUUCCUCUGGUCGCCAUACAGAGCAAAAGUCCCGCCAGCGCCCCGCUCCUGUGCGUUCAGCCAGUGCCCGUCAGCCUGGAGGCAGCAGCGGAGGAAGUUCCUGCAGUAGCAGCCAUGCCUCACCACACGGAACUGUUCGAGUGAGUAGUGGCCAGGGCCGACCAAUCGCCUCCAACUUUUCGCUGGAUGAGAUCACGGCACAGUUGGAGCAGGCCUCACGAAGCAUGGAUGAGGCAGCCCGACAGACCUUAGAGUCUUCCUCGCCCUCCUCUACCUCGAGCAAUUCUCAACUCCGCCGCACUGGAUCAGUCGGCAGGGCAAGUGACCAUGAGGCACGAUCAAUUGGCUGCUCGUCCCGCUCCAGCGUCAACUCUGUUGCCUCCAGCAUGGAUUCUCUGGACAUGAGGGGGCAGGAGGGGGAUGGGCCUGGGAUCGGGCAGAGCCAGAAUCCGGUCAACACAGAGCAUUCGUACCUGGACAAAGAGACCUCUCUGAUUCUCAAAAGCAUUGCAGGAAAACCCUCUCACCUGCUGACCAAGGAGGAGCAGGCUGCCAAGAUGAAGGCGGAGAAAAUUCGAGUGGCACUAGAAAAAAUUAAAGAAGCGCAAGUUAAAAAGCUGGUGAUUCGUGUGCACAUGUCAGACGAGAGCUCAAAGACCAUGAUGGUGGAUGAACGACAAAGUGUAAGGCAGGUGCUUGACAGCCUGUUGGAUAAGUCUCACUGUGGGUACAGUCCUGACUGGGUGCUAGUGGAGACCAUUACUGAGCUGCAGAUGGAGCGUAUAUUUGAGGACCAUGAAAACCUAGUGGAGAAUCUGCUGAAUUGGACCAGAGACAGUCAGAACAAGCUUAUGUUUAUUGAGCGCAUUGAGAAAUAUGCACUUUUUAAAAAACCCCAGAACUACCUUCUGGGAAAGAAAGAGACAUCAGAGAUGGCAGACAGAAACAAGGAGGCCCUGCUAGAGGAGUGUUUCUGUGGUGGCUCGGUGUCUGUGCCUGAGAUUGAGGGAGUGCUCUGGCUAAAGGAAGAUGGGAAAAAAUCUUGGAAGAAGCGCUACUUCUUGCUACGAGCAUCUGGCAUUUACUUUGUUCCUAAGGGCAAGGCCAGGGCAUCUAAAGACUUAGUGUGCUUCCUGCAGUUGGAACAUGUGAAUGUUUAUUACGGACAAGACUACCGGAGCAAGUACAAGGCUCCCACUGACUACUGCCUCGCACUUAAGCACCCUCAGAUUCAGAAGAAAUCUCAGUACAUCAAGUAUCUGUGCUGUGAUGAUGUCAGAACCCUGCACCAAUGGGUCAACGGGCUUCGCAUCGCCAAGUAUGGGAAGCAGCUGUACCUAAACUAUCAGGAGGCUAUGAAGCGUACUGAGGCAGCCUACGACUGGUCAUCUCUGUCAAGCUCCAGCAUCAAGUCUGGCACCAGCUCUGUCAGCAUCCUUGAGUCCCAGUCCAACCAUUCAGGCCAGACAGACAGCGGCAUAUCAAAUGGCAGUUCGUCCACACACGCUCGCUCCCAGAGUGUGGUCAGCUCCAUCUUCUCUGAGGCCUGGAAGAGAGGCACACAGAUGGAGGAGAGUACUAGGGCGAGACCAGAGUCGACUCGUUCAAGCCAUUCUAUUCACAGCACACAUGGUGGCCACUCGAGUCUUAAUUCCCAUCUGGCCCAGCAGCAGCAGCAUACCCUUGUAUCUAUGAAUUUACAGCAGCAAGUGCAGUCACCACAGGAGAAUGCACAGCCACAGACGCAAUCAGCCAUUCAGCAUUGUGGAAGCGGUACUCAGACACCUGCUCAAACUCAACCACAGCCUUCUCCAGCUCCACCACCCCCACCACCGCCUCCUCCUCCACCCCCUCUACCUGCUAGUGUCCCUCAUCACUCAACUCCACAUUUAUUUGCUAAAUACAGCACCAUCAAUCGCCUGAAGAAUGCCUCUCAGGCCAAGCCACUACCCCGAGGUCAACAAGUGCUUCCGACUCCACCACUUCUGACUCUGAAGCCUCACCUUAACAAUGUUAAACCAGGUACAAAUGUUCCACCUCCUCCACCUCCACCACCGCCAGCUUCCAUGCCUGCUCCUGGUUCUGCCAUGGCUGUUUUAAAACGUGGGCCACUAAGCCCAGCUGCAGGGCCUCAGUUUUCCCCACCACCACUGCCUCCUUCAGCACCCAUCCAGUCUCAGGCUCACCCUCCACCUCCAGCUCCCAUCCAAUCCUAUCCUCUUCCCCCAACUCCAGUACCUAUUCAGUCCCAGUCUUUUCCCCCACCUCCACCUUUAGUACUCAUGCGGUCCCAGUCCCCUUCUCCACCUUCACCAGCCAUUGAUUUUCAGCCUCUUCCCCCACCUUUACCUACAGUAUCUAUUCAGUCUCAUUCUUUUCCCCCACCUCCACCUCUUUUACCAAUCCAAUCCCAGCCUACUUCCCCACCUCCACCUUCAGUAACCAUUCAGUUCCAGGCUCCUCCUCCACCCCCUCCACCUACAGUAACCAUUCAGUUCCAGGCUCCUCCUCCACCCCCUCCACCUCCAGUACCCUAUCAGUCCCAGCCUCUUCCGCCACCACCAGCACCCCCCCAAGAGGCUUUCCCCCCUCCCCCGCCUAAUUUAAAAACCAACCGCCUGCCCUCUCCACAACCAUCCCCACCUAUGGCAACUUCCAAUGGUCUCAAGAACAUCCUAGCUCAGAAGUUUGCCAGUUUGCCCAGAGACCUGUCAUCUUUAGAUAGUCAGGCUCAAUCCCCACCACCCCCUCCACCACCUCCACCACCACCUACACCUCCUGCUCCUCCUCUACCACCUCAGCAGCCAUCUGUCCCAGUACCGCCUCCUCCACCACCUCCUCCUCCACCACCUGCCUCAGACUUUGUUCUGCAGCCUGACCGACAUCAAGGCAAUGCUUUUAGACUUUCUGACUUCAAGAAGACCAAUAGUAUCAAAAUGUCACAUCCAGCUGCUCCAUUCCUUCCAGAUCCUGCUCCACCACCUCCUCCUCCACCUCCACCCCCUUCUGCACCAGUAAAGACCAUUCCACCAGCUACACUGCCCAAGCAGCACAGCAUUUCUAAAAUGCUAACACUCAGUAAUCAGGUUUCUACCACACCAUCGUUAGUCAAGCAGCUUGCCAGCCAGUUUCCUGGUGCAGCUCCAAUGCCAGCCAACCAUGCAGAAACUUACAAAGCCUCAGUACCACCACCAGCUGUUAAGACUAAACCAAAAUGGCAGCCUGGUGGACAAGUCCAGCAACAGCAGCAGUCUCCUGAAUUUCCACCACCUCCUUCAGAGACUACACUUACCUUUCCCCCACCGCCACCACCUCCUUGUCCACCUCCACCACCUGGUCAGCCUGUUUCAGUUCCUACGCCGCCACCUCCACCUCCACUGCCACCAACACAUUUACAUUCUCCAACAAAGAAGUCAUCUGGGUCUUACACAUGGGGUAAAAAGCCACCACCAACCCCUCAGCGCAACACCAGUGUCAAGAUCAACUCUUCAGCCGACUACCAGGAGUCACGGCAAAAUCUGGUGAGCAAGUUUAACCCCAGCUCUGCCUUUUCUGCUCCAAUGCCCUCUUCUGGUUUGUCUUUCAGAGAGUCUUCCUCUGGACCACCUGCUCCACCUAAACCAGGCAAGCUCAACUUUGCCAACCUACCAUUGGCUUUGCAGAACAGAGUGAGUCAAAACCAGGAAUCUGGCAUAAAUUUCCCUGCACCUCCACCACCUGAGAAGGAAGUUUUUCCUCCUCCUCCACUACAGUCAGACCUUCCACCUCCACCACCACUACCAGGGGAUACACAUGCAGGCACCCAAAAAGUAGCUGUGGUAAACCCUCAGCCCCAGCCUAUGUGGAGCAAGAACUCUCUAAAAAAGACUACGCCUCCAGUAUCACUCCGUCGCAACAACACAACCCCUGAAGCACCUUUGCAAGGAGGCCCUGUACCUCCACCUUCCCCUAAGGGCAGCAGUCAGCCAAACUUUUUAGAGGACUUGAACCAGACUUUAAGGCGCAAGUCUUUGCGAAAUUCUGCAGCCAAAUUGGACCCUGUGGCCACUAUGGAUGACAUGGUUCUGCCUCCCCCUCCCCCCAAGCUUCUAGACCAACAGAGUCACAAUGGAAGUGGGUACAUGUCUAGCAAUAUCUCUGGCUAUGCAACAUUAAGGCGAGGACCACCCCCUGCCCCACCAAAAAGAGACCAAACCACCAAACUGACAAACUGAGAGUUUUGAGACGUCCUUCAUCAAGUGAUAUAGAAGAGAAUCAAUUUGUUUGACUGGAUUAAAAAAAUCUCAUGUGACUCUGUACAAGAGAGAUCAUGAUGUCCAAUAUGCAUUAAUGCCCAUCAGUAUCAAUUCCAGUUAAAUUAAGGAAAUCUCUGCAACAAAUUGGUACUGCAUAGAACUUUAGCAUUUUGGUGUUUGAAUGUUUUGAAGUAAUGGGAAGAAAUAAAUUUGCCUUUUUACAUAGAUUUAUUUAAGUAUGUGAAGAAUUUUUUAUUUUAGACCUAAGUUUGACAAUGAUUGUUUUCCAAUGAAGAAGCAGAUAUUAAAGUUUUUUUUGUUUUUUGUUUUUACAGAAAGUUUGCCUGCAUGACAGGGAUUGAAUUUAGUUUGGAGAAUGGUUAUGUAAUUUGUUUGAGUGAAUGUAGCUGUUGAUUUUCUUAUAAAACUGAGCAGGGGGUGCCAAUACUUAUUUGCCCUUCAGACAAGUUUAUGCAUUGGUCUCCCCAGUUUUGGAAUAACUUUCCCAUACAUUAAAACAGUUUAUUCCCCUGA